AUGCCCGAAACCUUGGUUUGGUGUACUUGCAGUGUUUGCUCAUUAAGUAAAGAUGGCGGCUCUUGGAAACUAAAAAGUGCUAGAACUCGGCAUCGGAGACGUGAUAGGCGAAAUGUGCGAAGCCCUAGUAAUGAUUUAGAAUUACAAAAUAAUAUUCAAAAUCAAGCAGCAUACGGUUUUUACCAAGAAACAUUUGAGCCUGAACUUUAUAAUCUAGAAAAUGAUGGUAUCGAUGAAUUUGAAAAUGGGUUAGACUGUGAUGAUGAAUUCGAAGGUGUUGAUGAAUUUGAAAAUGGGUUGGACCGUAAUGAUGAAUUCGAAG